AUGAAUAAUGUGUCCAUUAAAUACCACCGGACCAUGUGAAGGGGUUCAUAAUCGAUGGGACACCCUGCCGAGGGCUCAGUGGCGAUAAAGACAUGGAUUGCGAUAGUCCGCCGUUGGUAUCUCUCAAGAAGAGAAACAGUCCCCCGAUCUGUUGGGGUCUUGGCCUCGUCAACAGGGACUCUUUCAAGACGAUCAAAGUCAUCUUACUGGGCCAAUCUGGCGUCGGCAAAUCAGCCUUAGCUGUACGGUUCGCCACGAAACGCUUCAUAGGCGAAUACGAUUGCACGACGGACAGAAUCUACCGAGUCGACCAUCAUUUAGGAUUUUCGUGGGAAAUAGCGGAUCCUCCCGGAUAUCCACUUUCUUUCACCGAGCCGAAAUUGCGAUGGGCUGAUGUGAUAAUUAUUGUUUAUUCGGUAACGGACCGAGUUAGCUUCGACGAAACUUCUCAUCUUAGGUUUUUGGUAUCGCACGCGAGAAGAGGCAGAAAGGUGCCACCGGUCGUGUUGCUUGUGGGAAACAAGGCCGAUCUCUCCUGCUCUCCGGGUGAGCGUAUGGUGUCUGCCCUAGAAGGCCAGAAAAGGGCAAAAGAAAUCGAGGCUCAUGCUUUCCACGAGAUUUCCGUAAGGGAAUCAGUUGAUCAGGUCACGGCCGUAUUCAUGAACAUAUUAAGAUUGCUGACCGAAUUGCACAGCAGUCCAGGACAACAGCAGGCAUCUUUCAGAGUGAGAGCUUGCACGGACGGGACGAUAAACACUCUUCGUCUACCGUCACCUCCACCGUUGAGAAGAAGAUUUAGUAUCUCCGCUCGCGGGAAUUUAUUGUAAUCGUUAGAUGUAGUCUCAAAAUAUUAAAUAAUUUUAUUAUAUUACACAUUAAGAGAGAGCAUUGUAUAAAAAGAUUAUAUUUUAACUGUUUUAAUAAAUCUAUAUUUGUAAGAAAUUAAAACUACUUGUGUACGUGAAUUUACGACGAUUUCAAACUUUCGUCGUUGUCAAUAACACAGAUAAUGCCGGCAGAUUUGAGAUAUUUUUCUCAAAGAGAAUUGUGUAAUAUAAUUGAUAAUUAUAUUGCGCGACUAGUUUAUGAAUAGAUUUGAUCUAGCCGUGUUUUAUCGCGAGCGCAAGAGCCCUCGGAUUUUCGUCUUGUAUCGCCGCUCUACAACGAGCCACUGCGUUGGAGGCAGCUUUCCCAACUGCAAGAAUAAUUGCAAUUGCAACGAAAUGGAAAAAUGUAUUGAAGGAAAUGCGAUCCUGCAAAAAAAAACCGUUACCUCUGAGUCUCGCCGCACGCUGCACUCCGAUGUUCAGUUCCUUCAGACUGGCCGCGAGCUCCCGAUGACUGUUCAGCCGAAUCUCAUGCUCUCGAAUCAAGUCGCCAUUGAUAUUUUUCAAUUGCAUUAAUCUCUUUCGCAUGUCAUCGAUAUUCUCGAGGAUCCUAGCAUCUUCUAGGCGAAUCACGAUACUCUUCAGAAGAGAGGCACCGCCUGCAGCUUCCGCUUGUAGCCGUGCAUCGACUUCUUUCAAGCCUGAAGAAUAUUAGACUCAGUCAACAUGUCUUACACACUGAAAAACCCAUUUAGUUGAAAAAACGAAA